AUGUCACAAGAUCAGCAGAAAACAGUAAUUCUUUUUGUGCAUGGUGCGUGGCACCAGCCAAAGCAUUACUCUCUCCUUAUCGCAUCCAUCGAGAGACAAGGCUUCACCGUCAUCGCUCCGACUUUGGCCUCGGCAGGUUACGAUGACUCAGUCGAUGGCAAGGCCUUGGAUGACGACGUUAAAGCUAUUCAAGAUAUGAUUAUGCCGUAUAUCGAUAGCGGGCGGAAGAUCAUCGCAGUGGGACACAGCUAUGGUGCUGUACCGCUACAGGUCGCUGUCAAUGGAUACUCUCAGGCUGAGAGAGAGCAGAAAGGGCAAAAUGGUGGAUUUGUGUCAGUGAUAUUUAUCGCGCCGACUCCUGUGUUACAGAAGGAUAUCUCCAUGUACGACUCUGUUGGGGGGCAGUAUACGUCAGCUUGGUUUCAUGAUGUAUCCGAAUCACGCCUACCUCUGAAGAACGAGAAGCUUAUGGGGGCUUUCUUUACUGAUGUGGACAAGAGUGUCGCCGAUGAGAUAAUCCCAACACUUUGCCAUCAAAGUAAAGGUCCCUUCGAAGUUUCCGUUCCUUGUACGCCGGCGGACCUGAUCAUCCCCAAGAUAUUGGUGUUGUGCAAGGAUGAUCCGAUUUUUACCAAAGACAUCUUGACUUUUGUUGCCGAUAAAUGGGGAGCAACAGUUCUGGAGAUUGAGUCUGGUCAUAGCCCGCACUUAUCGGAGACGCACAGGCAGUGGAUUGCUAACCUUGUCGCCACUGAGGCAGAGAAAGCAUGA